AUGACUUCGUCUGUUCUGGACGGCGGCGUCGGCGUCGCCUGCGAUUCCUGCGAGUCGCCCGCGCCGCCUGCCUUUUCCCCGCUGACCGACGCCGACGUCGACACCGGCAGCCGCGAUGCGCUCGACAACGACAACGACGACAAGAACGAUGAGGGUUUCGAUGAGAAGCGAGGGUCGAACUCGACCAGCACAAACAGCUCGUCCAGCUCGGACUCUGUCGCUGAUCCUGCGUCUGGGACAGCCGGCAGCAGUGCCAGUCCUAGCACGAGCAAUCACUCGAACAACGCUGCCAGUGCUGCCCCUGCCGAUUCCCUCGCUUCCGUAGACACAAAAGAACAAUCGCAAGCGCAGCAAAACGCUCUCUCUCUAGCGCAGUCCAAUGGCGAUCCCAUGGUCCUCGAUGUGCCAAUGGCCGACACCACGAUGCCUACCACCACUAUAGACACCCCCAUGGGCGGGACCAUGGAUUACACCACAUCCCCAAUUGCGACGAACCAGUUCGAUGUGUACCAGCAGAAACUGCUCAUGGCGCUCGCUAGCCUGUCUGCCUCGGCUCAGCCGCCGCAGCCAUCCACGGUCCAUCCGUCCCAAGUCUCGCUCCCCCCGCAGUCCAUGCUCUCCACUCCCGAUCCCCUCAUGCCCCUCGCCGAUGAUACCGCCGCCAACCCCCCCAUGCCCGAUGACGCCCCGCUCGAGUCCUUUGCCCGCAUCGAGUUUGCCGACAGUGUCUUCCAAAUGACCACAUAUGCCGUGACCAUUGGUCGCGACCAGCGUGCUCUCGAGCAGGCCAGGCGCGAUGAGCGCCGCUGGGAAGAGUACCAGCGCAAGUGCGCCGAAGCCGAGAAGCUCGGUCUGCCCCCUCCUUCUCCGCCGACCCGCGACCGCAGCAAGUUCAGCAAGUCGUACGUCAGCGAGGAAGGAGGCAUGCUGGGUCCUGAGUCUGACGGAGAAAAUCCUCGCCCGGUCAAGAGGAGGAAAAUGAGCGCUUCUGUGUCCGGAGACUCGCAUCAGCAACCAGACCCUGCCCUGGGCGACCAAGGCGAGGAGAAGAACCCGUCCCUCAACAGACAAUAUGUGUCGCACACGCCUGGUGCUGCUGCUGUAAACCUCAGCGCCCUUCGUCCAUCGCCGCACUAUGUCCCGUUUAUUGGCAUCCACUCGCCCGGUCCGAACAUUGCCAGCCGGACAAAGGCCAUCUCCCGAGAGCACUUGCGAAUUCAGUACAACCAGAAAGAGGGUGUUUUUGAAGCCAUCCCCUUGCACAAGAAUGGCUUCUUUUGCCAGGAUGUCCACUAUAGGGAUCAGAAAGUUGUUUUGCGGAGUGGUGAUCGUCUGCAGAUCAAGGAUGUUGAGUUUGUGUUCAAGAUUAAUGGUGUGCCCCGCGGCAUGACGGGUGCCGAAGAAUGCCUGAGAGAAGCGCGCACGUCUAAGAGCCGGCGCUACUCGGAGGGCGGCAAGGAGAUGAGCUUCGACUUUGAGAGUACUCAUGACAACGACAGACGGAGUACGAGUCCUGAAGACGAUGUUCCCGAGCAGCCUACUAUCAAGGAUGACAGCUCUAGUGAGCUGUCCGAGCCAGGCGAGGAGAUUCCUGAGCCGGAGCCUGAGACUACCACCAAGGAGGAGAACAUCAUGCAGUCGAUCGAAAAGGACGAGGCACCGCCGCCGAUGUCUGAGGAGGAGAGGAAACAGCAGCAGAUCCAGCAACACACACAGGAGCUGGCCAAGCAGCUGGACCUCCCGCCCGAGGUGCUUGCCGAUCUCCCUCCGAUUCCCAAGAAGCGCGGUCCCGGUCGUCCGCCGAAGAACGGUAUCAUGUCCAAGCGCGAAGAGCGGCUUCGCAAGAAGGCCGCCCUGGAGCUGGCCAAGAAGAACAUGCCCCAGCCGCCUCCCGGCGAACCUCCCGUCAAGAGGAAGGUCGGCCGUCCACGGAAGCACCCGCUGCCCGAGAACGCUCCGGACAAGCCGGAGAAGCGCAAGUACAAGCCAAGGAAGUCAAAGGAAGACGGCGAGGGCACCGAUGGCGAGAAGCCAGAGAAGCGGAGACGCGAGAAGCCGAAGACACCUCCUCUGGAGCUCAGGAGAGAGGACUACACGGAGGAGCAGUUACAGAAGCCCAACAAAAACUACGGCAUGUUGAUCGACGAAGUCUUGUCGGCCGCGCCGCAGGGCUUGACACUCAAGCAGAUCUACAAGCGCAUCCAGAUGAAGUAUCCCUUCUACUACUUUGCUGUCGACACCAAGGGCUGGGAGAGCUCUGUCCGUCACAACCUGAUUGGGAACGAUGCGUUUGAGAAGAACGAAGAAACCCAUCUGUGGCGACGCGUGCCGGGUAUCGACAUUGAUGCCGGAAAGAAGCGCAAGCAGGCUACGCCGGAUCAGUCGCAUUUGCACAAUCUGAACCAACAGCAUCAGCAUCAGCAUCAGCAUCAGCAGCAGCAGCAGCAGCAGCAGAACUUUGCGGCUUCUGCUACGCCAGCUGCUCAGUUCCAGGCUCAGGGUACUGCUCAGCAAGCUUACCGGCCUGGGACUGUUCCACAACAGCAGACUGGGUAUGCUGCCAGCCAAGGGCAGCCUGCUCAAUAUGCUCAACCGCAGCAACCACAACAGAUGGGUGUGCAGCAACCUGUCGGUGCCGCGCAGGCGCAACCUCCGCGGUCGUAUCCAACUACCGCACAGGUUCCAGCAGCUCAAACGACAUAUGCACCUGCUGGUCAACCCCAACCAGCGGCCGCACAGCCAUAUACUUCUCCAUAUACACCGCGGCCUACAGGGGGCGCGGCUCAGCCUGCUCAGGGCACUGCUCCUGCUGCAAACAGAUCCGGUGUUCCCACUCAGUAUACACCGACUCAAUACAAUGGUGUGCCCCAGGGCGCUACAACGGCGACAACAGCUGUGGGCGCUCGGCCUGCUCAGCCCUCCGCCAACGCAAACAACACGCUCAAUCUAAAGCCUGCUGUCGCUCCCGAGCUCGUCAGGCACGUUACUACUUUCAAGAACACCGUCACCGAGCAGCUCACGAAGCGCACGCCCAAUGCUGAGGCUGUCGCUAUGUCCGUCAUCAACCGUGGUCUUGGCCUCACUAACGAGAGCAUGGUGCCAAACGAAGAGUCGCUCGAAAAGAUCGUGCUGGGUGUGUUCGAGUCGAGCCGCAAGAAGCUGGGCAUCAACCAGUCGCUCCAUCCUGGCCUCGUCCAGGCGCUUGUCAAUUUCAAGAACACCAUGACUAAGACCCUGGAGCCGAGAAUGGGCAAGCUAAAUGCCGAGCGGCUGAUUCUGUCGGCUGUCGAUCGUGUGCUUGGGUUUGCCGACAAGAGCACCAUGCCGGGCUCUGAGGCAGACAAGAAGCAAUAUGACGAAGCUGAGAAUGUGCUCAUCCCGGCGAUCAGGCGUGUUGUUACUGAUCAUCAGCGUACUCUUGCUACUGUUGCCGCUGCGGCUCCGGGUGCUCCCCGGCCAGCUGUGCCCGGAUCGGCUACUCCGGCGCCUGCUGCUCCAAGGGUUCAGGCUCCUGCGCCUGCGCCAGUUAACACGUAUGCUCCGGCUCCGAAUGCCGCUAGACCGGUUCAGAUGCCUGCGACGGCUUAUACUACUGCUGCUACUCCUCGUCCUCCUGUUGCAACAGCUGCUCCUGCUCAAGUUCCUGCGCAGGCACCAGUUCAGACUGCUGCCCCUGUGAACAGGGUUUCUCAACCAGCGCCUAUUCAGCAGGCUCCGAUGACGACUGGCAAUGUUGUUCAGCAACCACAGGCCCAGAUGGCUCCAGCGACCCAGGCUCCAGCCACGGUGCCAAACCAGACCGUUGCUCCCGUCAGCCAGCCUGGCCAGCUACCUGCAAACCCGGCAGCGUCCCAGCCUGCUCAGAUUGCUACGACGCAAUCUAUUUCUCAGCAAGUUCAAGCACAGGGGGUGAAGCCAGUGCAGCCUGCUCCUGUUCAAUCGACCAUGCCUCAGGCGCAGACAACGGCUUCAGUUCAGGCCCAGGUGCAGAUGCAGGCGCCGACGCAAGCUCAAAGUAGUGUUCCAGUUCAGACUACAGCGACACAGGCUCCCACGGCACAGAUGACUGCAGUUCCGACUCCAGUGGAGGCGCCGACUCGAGCUCCAGGGACUCAAAUCUCGACUGCCCCCGCUCCGGCGGCUCAAGCUCCGACACCAGCUGCCCCAGCUCCAGUCGCUCAGCCUGCGCCAGCUCAGAUCCUGUCAGCACCUGUUGCAACUAUGGGCGUGCCGAAUCCACCAGCUGCUGCUCCUGCUCCUACGAAUAGCCCAGCUUCGGCUCCUGCACCCAACAAGCUGCAAAUGCCGACUCCAAAUACGACGUCGUCUGCGCCGGGGGAUGUUGAGCCGGUUUUUCAGGCACCGGCUGUUAGUGCUGCUCCAGGAACUGCUCUUGCGGCUGCUACCGCAUCUUCGGCGGUCCCUGCUGCUCCUGCUGCAACACAAACACCUGCUCAGCCUACGCCUGUUCCAUCGACUCCGGCGACAUCGGCCCCAACAAUCACUGUUGCUGAGCAGAAGACAACAUCGCCUGCUGUUGCUGCUCCUCUGGCUGAGGCUUCUGCGCCGAAGGUGACUGAACCUGCUGUGCAGACGCCGGCUCAGGCACCAGCUGCCCCACAGGCUCAAAAUCAACCAACACAAGCUCCUACGGCAUCCCCACCGGCGCCGACACCUGUUCCAGCUCCGGUUCAGCAAAAUACCACUGAGCCAGCUGCUCCAGUGGCUAAAGACGUGUCUGUUCCCGCAGCCCCAAUCGCCACAGUUGCUCCUGAGCAGACUACCACUCCAUCCGCAGAGCUGGUGACUGCCACAACAGCGUCUGCCGCAGCGCCUGCUACUCAAUGA